AUGCCAAUCAAACCUAUUGGGUGGAUAUGCGGGCAGGUGUUGAAGAACUUUUCUGGAAGAAUUGAAGGGAUCCAGAAAGUAAUCGUGGACCUUAUAGAUGAGUUUAAAGAUGACUUCCCUACCAUCGUAAGAUCGCGGUCUAAGCAGAAAAGAGAACGCUUGCAAAAAACAUCCAAAAUCAGAAUGGCUGUUGCUUUAGCCAAGAUCAACCGAGGAACAUUGAUUCAAGGAUUAAAUACCAUAUCAAGUUCCUCCAAAUCAGUGGCCAAACUUCUGGAACCUCAGCUUGCUUGUAGACUUUUAGAAUUAAGGGAUAUUUCUCAUCGUCUACUGAGGGAAGUUAAUGCACCAAAACAACCUCUGUAUAACAGGCAGGUCAGAAAGGGUUCUUUGUUUGAAAUCAUUUCCUUUCCAGCCAAGACUGUCUUAACCAGCAUAAUAUAUGCUUCAUUUGCUGCACUAAUUUAUUUGACUGUCUGUGUUAAUACAGUUCUAGAGAAGGUAAAGAAAAUUUUUCAAGAAGAAGAACUCAUAAGGCAAAACAGAGGUGGAAGUGACAACCUUAAAAAAGCUUUUUCUGAGCCUGUGCUUUCUAAGGCUACGAUUCCUGAAGGUGAAAUCAAAGCAAAACCUUACAGAUCAUUACCAGAGAAGCCAGAGGAUAUUUCAGAUAGCCCCAAGCUUCCUGCCAACUUGAACAAUAAGAUCCAGGUUUUACAUUCUGUGUUUGGCCAAUCUACUGAAAUGAGUGAAUGAGCAAAUAUGAACAUUAUCACUGACCAGAGCUGGAGAUAUCCAGUGGCAGUUCAUGUCACCAAACUAUUCCAUUUUCACAUGCUGAUUGCUCUGCUCUUAACAAAAAUUGGGGGUAAAAGAGGGUAUAAAUACUACAAAAAUGUUAUUCUCUAGCAUUUAUAUAGUAGAGAAAAUAAAAUGAACCUCAAUGUAGGAUAUAUAGCUGACUAUAUAUUUUCAUGAACAAAAAAAUGUGUCCCUUGUUGGGUUAAAUUUUAUGGUUGGCUUGUAGUAGGUAUGGGCAUAUUUAGAAUACAUUUGUUUUUUUAUUAAAUACUUGUUUAAAGUAUCUUUUCAAUUAUUUAUCUGGAAGGGAAAUACUCUCCGUAUCAAAAUUCUACAUACUUUUUUUCAGGGAUAAUAAAAAGAUAUUGAUUUUCUGUCUACAGGCUGCCUACUGAAAUCUGCUAUUACCAGUUGUUAUAACUCAUCUGAAAAGUUGUGAAGGACCUAUGAUUCAUAGAAUUCAGAAAAUUUAUAAGAAAAUAUUAUUUACAAAUCUGACGAGAUGAUUUCUGUAUGUAAGGACCAGGCAUGACAUGAUACCUUUUAUUUCCAGAUUUAGAGGGACAAAUUUAGAAUGAGAAAUCAAGCCCAUGUUUUAUGCAUUGUUGCCACCAGAUCUGAAGAGAAAAUAUUUCUAAUUGGUCCUGCAAACUAGGGUCAUGGUUUGCCUACAAGAGGUACUUUGGUUUCUUCUGUGUAUUUUAAAUUCUGGAUGUGAACUAAGACCAGACUGGUCACUAUUACAUUAGCACCUGAUAAAAUGCAUUGGAAUGUGCUCAGGGAUGAUACAUUCCUGGUGAGUAGCUGAUGCCAUAAACAUUAUAAAAAGCUCAAGCUUGGCUCUUAGUAGUAGUCUAGGAAGUAAGUAGCAACUGUUUUAUUACACCAUGUUACUCAUAUCCCCAAAGAAAAGGAAAUGUAGUAAUAUGUAGCAAAGAUUUCUGUAAGCAGAGUCUUAAUGGUACAUAUUUGAUUCACUUACUUUUACAAUAAUAACUAAGGAAGAGUCCAGAUAUGCUUGUUACAAUUUAAGUAGCCUUAAUUCAGUUAGAUGCCACUAAUAUUACUGAGCUUUGAGACUAGUUUCCAAUAUUAACAAAUAGUUCUUCUCAAACUCAUAAUCUGUUCAUCCUUGUUCUUUCUGGUCCAAUUUACUUGUAUAAUCUAUGGUAUGCUGCCAUGCCUUGUGUGAUCAUCACCCAGGGUGUAAUUCUGAGUAUUUAACAACUAGAACUGUGUGGGCACCUGGCAACCAGAACAGCCCAUGUCAUAAAUAACGUGCAGGGUAAAGGCAGAGUGAACAACUAAAAAUCAACCCUGCUAUGAAUUCAGCAGACAGGACUCUGGAGAACAACACCCUACAACUCUUCUCUCUGUAGUAUUUACCUGAGACAGUUGGAUAUACAUGCACAAGGUGCUCAACCUUUUAAGAAAACUUUACUUGAAAAUUUCAUGUAGGCAUUCAUUGUACUUUAGAUCACUCAAUGGGAAACUUUACCAGAGAGAAAGUGAGUCAGUUGAUUUGGUUUUGAUGUCUAGUACAUUGGUUUCUUUUUUUUAGAUUCAGCAUAUAAACUGUUCUCAUUUGGGGAGGGAUUUUUUUUUCAGUCUAAACUUUAAACUAUAUUUUGAAGAAUUAAACAA